UCCAGUGCAGUGGUUCAUACUAUCCAGCAGAGAGAAGCAGGGUCAUGCUUCUGUGGCAAGGAGGGCGGUCCGUCAUUGCUGGGGCGUCCUGAGUUGUUUGGCCCUUCCAAGGCUGUCGUCGAUGAGGUCGUUGACAUUACAUGUCUUCUGUCGGUCUACCCGAAGAAUGAAGCCAUCCUAAUGGAGUUGUUCAAGGAGGGGAACCGCAACAAGUUGUUGGGGUUCUACAGUUCCCUCGACGGGGGCAACGCGUCCUUCCCCAUCAUGAUCAAAACUUCCCACGAGGGCAACCUGGAGUGUGUGGCCACAGCACAGAGCAAUUCUCUCUUGCAGCCCGCUGUCAGCUAUCCGCACUACCUCCAGGUUAUUGAACCGGUUGCAGGUGCAGAGGUCAUCACAGAAUCAGGUCAAGAGGUGUUCUUUGAGGGAGGGACCCUGAAGCUGAGAUGUACUGUAAAGGCUGGGAAUCACGUCUCCUACAAGUGGCUCGUAAAUGGUCAGCUGGUCUCAUCGUCUCUCCUUCGCCAUGUGGUAGAUGAUCAACUCCUUAUCUACAGAGCCUCCAGUGCAGACAGCGGCUCCUACAUGUGUGUCGCUGUCAACCAAUACAGCGCAACAAGAGACUUUGCAUCCAACAGCUCCGAAGUGGUAAUCACAGUCAAAGAAGUGGUGUCAAAUCCUGACAUUUCCAUCAGGGUGCUGAAGGAGGAUCCUCACAACUAUUUGGCCGUGGUCACAUGCCAGUCGACCAGAGGGACGCCGCCUGUCACCUUCUCCCUCUACAACAGGACAGAACUGGCUUUCCAAAUGACAGCCGACGAGAGAAAAGCCACGUUUAAGGUCCCCCUGGUUUUGGAGCGACACUUAGGGUGGCUCCAGUGCCGGGCUAACAAUGGUGAUCAGGUUGCAUACAGUACCUGGUUGCCCUUAGAAGUCGUGAGUGUUGCCGGCCCAGUGACGAUGAAGUACGACUACGACAUCGGAGACAACUAUGCUGUGACAGGCCUGAGGUUCUAUUGCAAGGCGAGGAAAGGAUCUCAUCCGCAGUACGAGUGGUACCUCAACCAAACUGUCCUGGAAGGCCGAGGAAGCUUUUACUACACGGUCCAUCAGCCGCCAGAACAGUCCAUCCUCCUGCUGUCCGUAGGGAGCAACAGUGCCGGGAUGUACCGAUGCGAAGUGUCGGACAUUUUCGACAACAGCACUGCCAUCAGCAGCAACAAGCAGUAUUUAGACAAAGACGUGCUGAAUCGUCUCCCGCUCAUUGUGGUGGCCGUUGUCUUUGGAUGCUUCACUUUCUUGCUUGUCCUUGUCGCCGCUUGUUGUUGGACCGGAGUGUUGUUCAGUAGAAGGCGGAUUGGGGAGAAGUCCAUUGUGGGCCAGAAGAUGGAGACGUUCCAAGCGUGGGAGGACGAGCUGGAAGUGUCCGACUAUCACGAGGAUGUUGAUGUCACGGAGAUAACAACAAAACAGAUUGCCGCCUAUUGAGUUGUCGUGUCUGUGCUGAUUUACUAGGGCUUUCAAGUGAUUAUUUUUUAAAUCAGAUUAAUCACACUCUUGAGCUGUAAUUAAUCAUGCAUUACAGUGUAUGUAUUGCAGUGUAUUACUCGUUGCAAAUUUAAAAUUAGCAGAAGAGAAUACCCCAAUAUUUGGACACAAAUGCAAAUUUGUAGUCAGAAUGUAACAUUUUAAUUAAUGCAAGGAAUUAAUUUGCUUAUAACUUGGUGACAGUAAGUAUAGUAAGAAUUAAGUGAACAUUUACAUAGUAUUUGCAAUAAUAUUUUAAACAAGGUACAUUUAGUAAACACACCAGGGUUUCCCCUACACUGCCAAGAUGCCUGUGACGUCAUCGAAUAAUUAGCAUAAUCUGCUAUGCCAGCUCCCCCCGUGACCCAAUAAGGGACAAGCGGUAGAAAAUGGAUGGAUGGAUGGAUGAUAUGAUUUUCUUUAGUGUUUUUUUUUCUCCAAAAUGGCUCUCCUUAGUUUUAUCCUGCUUCUAAAUGUGUGUUUUAACUCCUGUGCAACACUUUGUGGUACUUUUGUUUUUUUUAAAUGUGCUAUACAAAUAAAGUUGAUUAGAUUGGAUAAAAAGAUUGGAUAAAAAACAUUUGGUAAGUAAAAAAAAUCUAAAAUAAAUAACAGCCCUACUUUGCAUUAACUUGUUUUGCUUAGUUGAAGAACUUUGAUAGUAGUUGUAUUGAUGAAAAUAGUACUCACUUCUCUUAUCCGGACUGAUGCUUAAUUUAGGGCAAAAAUGUUACAGAAUGCGCUUUAAAAAAAUUGAAAUACUGGUGACGUGGUGAGGAAAAUUUAAAGCGAAUUGUAGCGAGGGACGACUUUAUUGGUAUUCUUUUGCUCAAACACUUGCAUGUAAAAAAAGGGAACAAUUGUAUUAUUUUGUUUAUAUUUGUACAUUGUCUUAUAUUGUUGUAUUUAUAUAUUGUUAAAGUGUGUUGAUU